UUGGACAUGACUUGAACGCUGAAUUAUGUCAAUAACGUAACGACACGGAAUUUUCUAAACUAGUUUUGUAUAUUUUUUGUGGUCACCUCAGUGACUUGGAGCUAUUCAUCUCACUGUCCAGAUGUGACUUUGUUUCAUUAUGUCUAGCAUGAAACGACAAAGUUCGUGGCAGGAGGAUAUUGCCCGAAACUUUUCUAGGCUAUUUCAAAGAACUAAAUCGCAAGAUCCUGAGAAAAUAGAGGAAAGCGACAUAAUCAGUGGUCAGGAGAAUGGAGUCAACAGCAGCAGCCACAGCAUUGAGACCAGUGAUGGUGAACCAUCGCUGCAACAAGAAGACCUGCAAUUGUUUCAGGCAUUCCAAGGCACGGAGGAAGGGGGAAACGGGGAAGAGGACGGAGUGCUGGAAGAGACACUUGAGGACGGAGUGAACAAGGGACAGGAGAGGGGAGGACAGGGCAGUUGCAGUGUUUCCUGUGAAGCCGGGCAGUCCUCUGAGGAGCAGCCCCUCGUCCCGCCCCCAUCAGUGGGCUCUCUGGCGGGUCCCCUGGGGCCAACCGCUCCCACGCCUCCUCCCCCUUUAGAUGCCUUCUUCAGGAGACUGGGGAGUCUGUUCCACUUCAAGGCUGAAACCGCCAGAGCAGCCCAGCAGCAGGAGGAACAACAGCAGGCACAGAAGGGAGGAGGAGGACAAGAGGAGGCGGCAUUAGGAGUGGUGGUUAUACAACCAGACCCCUCCGGAAUGACAUGUGGUGCAGACGGGGACCAGGACCACUGUGACUUUGCUGGGAGGCUGCCAGGAGACAAGGACACUGGGAAUACAGAGACAGAGGACAGGAGAGCAGAAGAGUCUGACCUACACUGUGAAUCGACGUCCACACACGCAGACCAAGACACUCUGGAGAAACCAGCCUCGGGGGAGACUCACACGGACGGCCAUGGGGGAGAAUGCGGCGAGGGCGACCCAGUGGCUGACAGCGGCCCGCUGAGCGACGGCGAGUCGUCGGUGGAUGAGCAUCAGCGGCGUCUGGCCCUGGCCUGUCCACCCGUGGUGACAUACGGGACGUUCCGCGGCCAGUGGGACAGACGCAGGAUGAGGCGAAGGCACCAGGUGAAGGUUGACUCCCCCAUCUCGGAGGGGGAUGAGCCUGCCGUUCCGAAGCAGAGUGACAUUCAGACUGUGUCAGCCAGUCAGAUUGGCCCUUCAACCUCAGAGACUAAUGCUGUUUUGGGUCCUACUGGACGUGGCUCUGGUCACAUUCCUUUGACAGCGCCGACCGCAGAAAGGGCUGGGAGUCAAAGUGCCUUCACUUUACCCAGAGAGGCAAGUCUGGUUACAGGAGGAAGCCAGGCCAAGAACACUGUCUCUGCGGUUGGCUCUGUCAUUGUCCCUCCUCCCGCACCUACAGAGCACUCCGCUGAUGCCAGGACUAAUACAGCAGUCAGUGUGACCCACGGGGUACAGCAGAACCUGCCGAAUAGAAUCCUCACUGCAGAGACGGCGAGCGAGGACACACCCAGAGACACAGACACGGGGCUGAGAGAGCAGACUGAAACCUUAUCUGAACGCUGUGUCCAGACCGGGUCACCUUCAACAGCUGCUGCCUCACGGCCCAGUGAGCCACCGGGCGCCGGGGGGGCUGCGCAGCACACACACCGGCCUGCUGCCGAUUCCGAUGGCCCGGGAGGCCAGCUGGCUCAGCAGCCCAUUUCACUGCCUGCGUCGCCUGCGUCAGCGUCCGUGAGCCUGGGAGCCACGCCAGCAACCAGGCCCUCUGAUCCUGAGGAGGCGCUGGAAUCGGGUCCUGGUGAUGGGCCGUACUGCUUCGCGUCCGGGGAGGAGGGGGACAGUGGUCCAUCAGACGAUCCGUUUGAGGAGGCUCUUCAUCUGGAGUCUAAAAUGUUGGUAGAUAAUAUUCUGAAGAAUGCUGUGGCGGCCUUGGAGAGAAUAGGAUCCUCUGAGCCGGAGGAGGAUGAAACCAUCCAGAAGGCCAGUGUGGACAUUUACCUUGACCUACCCAUGGGUCAUAUGGAGGAAGAGGGGAGCGUGGAACAGUCCUUCAAGCCAGAUGAGCUGGUGGAGAUGGGGCCCUCGGAGAGUGGGGAAGACAGGUGCCCCUCGGCCAUCCCAGCAGAACAGACCCCCACGCUGAACCCUAAGCCUCUAUCAGAGGGCCCCAGGUCCACCCCCUCCUCGGGGUAUGAAUCUAUUGCGGGCUCGGACACGGACAUCAGGAGCAGCCCUGGGCCAGCCUGUGAAAACGGUACCCCGACUAGUAUUGUCUCAGACAGCUGUGUCGAGGGGACCCCUUAUACUGGUCUCCAGACACAGGUCAAAGGUCAACAGCUAAUAAUUGCUAAUGACCAUCUGCAAGGAGAAGGGUAUUCCCAGUCGAACGACCCUGUCAAUUCUAAAUACAGUGGCGAUAAGCACCAAAGAGAUGGUUUGCCUUGCUUCAGUGGUAUAGUGUCCUUCCAGAAACCAAGUCUCUGUGGUGACAGUGGGGAUAAUAUUCACAGAAAAAGAGUGAGUCACGAGUAUGAGUGUGUCUCAGGGAAAACUAAAGAAAACAAAGGUAAUUUCCUCUGCAUUUCAGGGGACAAGGGUUAUAUUGAUGUGCCAGAUGUUAAAGAAACACAGGUAGGAGACAGAGUACUCCAUGUAGCCAAAGCGGAUAUUGAAAGCAAUACUCAUAGUCUUAAAGAAGACUGUAAUGUUAAUUUUGAUCAUGUUUCUGUGUACAAUAACAGUAACGAUACUUUUAAUCAGCACAUCAAUCUGAGUGACAUUGCUUCCCUCAGAAACUUUGAGCCUGAUCUGGUUAGGAGAGAUUACAAACACAAAGCUAAGGGCAAUACUGAGGCAGACUUCAUGUCAGUCAGACCAAAACACAUCCAAAACUCACUACAACCAUCUCAAAACAGAUAUACUAUAAGUCCAAAGCCUAUUGCCUGUGUGACUCUUCAUGAUGAAGACCAAGGGAGCUGUCCGGAAAUAACGUUGAAAGUCUGUCAGUCUGAGACCAGUGACCCAGCCAGUUUGGAUCAAAGCUUUGUCCUAGUAAAGACGUAUUUAGCUUCUGUGGUUUCAGAGGGCUCUGACUCUGGUGGUGAGGAGACUGAGGCCCAUUGCAAACCGACAGAAAACAUCAGCCUGGACCCCUCAAAGAGACUCUCCAAGGACCUAAGCACCUCGGAGGGCCUGGUAUUUAAUUCAGCCUCUGGCUCCAGUAAUGAGGACAGGCCUCAGUGGAGCUCAGUGAGAGCGUAUCGCUGUGAUGUCUCUCCUCAGCAGAGUCGGGAGACCCCGGGACACAGUGGUGCAGGUGCAGCAGCUAUGGCCGGGUUUCACCAGGACCUAAGCAGCAAGCUGGCUGGGCUCCAUGCUGCGGGGGCUACAGGAGGCCGGAGAGUCCCAGCCCUGGAACCUCUCCUGCCCCUUCUCCCUGUCCCCCAGCUGGCCUUCCACGACAUGGAGACAAGCUGUUUCUCCAUCAUCGACGAGGAAGAGGAGACAGACGCCGUAUUUGUCAACGACACCGGCCCCAUGCUGAGCCCCACAGCACGGCGGGCCAAGGCCUACCCCUUCUCCCUGUCGCCCAUCGUGGAGGAGGACAGUUUCCGUGGAGAGGAGACGGUGGAGGGGGGCCUGUCACAGGAGGACAUGGGCCUCACGGUGCCCCCGGCCACUGAGGAGGAGCUGAGGAGUUUGAGUGGCGGCGCGAGGACGGAGCAGCAGGCUUCGUCCACCUCCCUGUCCGUCUUGUCCCUGCUGCAGUCGGUCAGUGAGCGCCUACAGUCCAGUGGCUACUCUGACGCAGACGCGGAUUCAGAGGAGACGUUCGGCCCUCCUCCACAGUGUCCCUUAUGGGACUUCUUCAACAGGGGCCAGGCGGAGAAUAAGGAGGUGGAUGGCCAGGGAAUGGAUGGAGACCAAAUCAGCAAGGAGGAGGGCCCAGGCUCCCUGACACUCACUACUAAUCCAUUCUGUAUGGGACCUUGGGAAGGGAAUCCAACUGUGGAUUCACAAUUCAAAAAUCUCUCUGUCCCAUCUGAGUAUCAGUACUUCAGUUCAGACAAUCCAGUGUUGCCAGACCCUGAUGAUGACAACAGGAAACAUGCCAAACCCGUUCCGGGUCUCAGGGAUUGUAAGUGUCCAUCAACAGCAACUGACAAGCGGGGAGGUUCGUAUUAUGGAAAGGUCAUUUCAAGGCCUAUGCUGAUGAUAAUCUAUGACGGCGUGACGUUUUCUGGAGAGCGGCGGGAGAUACACCAUGACCGAAUGGAUUACGCGAGGGUGUUUCCAAAUGGGGCCUCAGUGCGAGUCUUGCGAGGAUGCUGGCUACUGUACAUGGAGACUGGGUUCCGGGGACCUGGAAUGCUGUUGGAGGAUGGGGAGACAGUUCUGGGCCUCCAACCAGGCCACCAGCAGGGUGACAAGCCCACAAAAAUCACCAUUGGCUCCAUCAGAAGACUGGUGAAGGACGACAGUGCUCCAGAAAUCAGUCUGCAUCCAAUCGGAGCACAAGGAGCCAUGGAACACCUAGUCUCGGAAGCGGACAACUUGGGAACACACAGCAGACCUAUCGACCUGUCUAACCUGACUGUCAAGUCUGGCUGUUGGCUAGCCUACGAGAGCCCUGGUUUCCAUGGGAGCUAUGUGAUUAUGGAAGCAGACGGCUCAAUAACACCUGCCGCAAGUCAUCAACAGGUUACCGCUGUGAGGUCACUGAGACCCCUCAGAAUGAGUGGGCUCAGAGUGAGGAGACCUCUGGAUCCUAAGAUGUUUGUGUUCGAGCUGCCCCUCUUCCAUGGGCAGGGCAGAGAGCUGGGAGGUCAUACCCCCAGUUUGGGAGCUGUGCCUGGUCUGAAGGCGGCAUUGUCACUACGGGUUAUUGGGGGAGUAUGGGUGGGAUACACUGAAGAGGGCUACACAGGGCAGCAGUAUUUACUGGAGGAGGGAGAAUACAGUGACUGUGCUGAACUGAGUGGAGCGGCUCACCCUGUGCUGCGCUCUUUCCGCUUCUUACACGCAGACUUCAUAGAGCCCUCAGUGUUACUGCAGGAGGAAUCUGUCUCUCCCGGAGCUGGGGAGAUUGAAAUUUUGGAUGUGGAUAUCCCUGACCUGGAGGAAGCCGGAGCCACUGAGAAGACCAGCGCUUUGCUUGUGAAGAAUGGAGUGUGGGUGGCAUACAGCGGGCGAUGCUUCACUGGAGAGCAGUAUAUCCUGGAGAAGGGCAAACAUCCUGCAACUCUGCCCUGGGGUAACAGCCAUGGACCAGCAAAGUCUAUCCGACCCAUCCGAUUGGACACACGUGGCACUGGAGAACCAAACUUCUUGCUGCGGGCCUUUAGCCUCCCCCACUACAGGGGCAUCAGUAAGGACUAUGAGGGGGAGGCGGGGCACUGUGGCAUUGCUUCCCCCAUGUCCUUCAGAGUCAUCAGGGGAAGCUGGCUGCUCUUUGAUGAGGAAGGUUGCUGUGGAAACCAGUACAUCCUGCAAGAGGGCCAUUAUCCCGACCUCAUUUCCUGUGGCUGCAUGGCCACUUCUGUUAAAUCACUGAAGCCCAUUCCCUAUAGUUUCUCUGACCCGUCCAUAAGCCUGUUCUCCCUGGGUUCCUUUGAGGGCCUAAUGAUGGUGGCUGUGAUGCCCACCGAGCACACUGAGGGCUUCUUCAGUCAGUCUCUGCAGGUGGAGGGUGGAUUGUGGGUGGUGUAUGAAUACAGCAACUACAAGGGUCGUCAAAUGCUGCUGCAGCCAGGGGAGAUUCCUUCGUGGGGAGAGCACAGUGGCUGGGACACCAUUGGGUCCUUAAGGCCCCUGAAACAGCCCUGGCUGUAUGUUCAGGUGAGAAGCCGUGCUCUGGGUACUUUGUUGACCUCUGAGAGUGUCCAGGAUGACUCGUCCCCGUCCAGAGUGUCUCUGUCCCCACCCUGCUCUCUGGACACCCAGCACUGGCUUUUCAUUGGAGGGCUGCUCCGUUGCAAGGCUAGUAAGGCAUGUCUGUCAGUGAUUGGAGGGAAAACCGCAGUGGGGGCCAGAGUGGCCCUGUGGCCAGAACAUGGACGGACACACCAAAGAUGGAGCCUGAACCACAAUGGAACCAUCUCUUCCCAUCUCAACCAUAAACUAGUCCUGGACUUCAGAGGUGGAACAGGUUUCGGGAGGGACCACUUGGUCAUCAAUGAAUUCAACACUGAUCAGGCCACACAGUUCUGGGACAUAGAGCUGGUUUAGAGUAAUGGUUCCAAGACACAUCGAAAGCCUGGCCAAACAGUGCAGUAUCGGAGAUGUUGUGUUUCUUUCUGUUCCGGCUGAGCACUUCUCCCAGUCAUCCGGCCAACACCUCAUUUCCUGUGUCUUUUCUGUUCGAUCUCAGGACCCAGAAACCAUAGGAGCAGUGCUGACACAAGUAGCGAGACAGAGUCCAGUGUUUAAUGCAUCAUCUUUCUCUACUUGAACAUGUCAGUGUGACAAGUCUGAACCUCAUUUGUAGACAGUUGAGAACUGACAGAGGAAUUUAAAGCCAAAACAACAGUAUCAAGGCAAUUGAUUUAUCAUAUAGCCUAUGAUAACUACCACUACUAGACCAUUGAACAUCGAAAUAAAAUGGAAGUUCACCAGUCAGUUGAUACCAUCAUAGUCUUACUACUCUGUCCAAGGCAAUAUGAUUUAAAAAUUGCUUAACGUCUGUCACCUCUUAAGCACAUUUGCACUACAAAGAUUUUCACUUGAAAUGCAGUGGCCUACAAAUCCCCCUGCACUCUAAAUGUCAAAUUAGAGAGGAAGCAUCUUGUUUUUUCCAAUGAUGUCAAGGAAUUUCCUGCUGUAAGCUAACCUCGUCCUUAAAAAAAUCAUGAGACCAUGUAUCCACCAACUGCCGCUAGCCUAAGGUAAAAUAGUCACUGGCCCUCAACAAAUGUUUUCAUUGGGAGUGUUUUAAAGGAGCGUCAGGUUAUUUCACUGGAGCAAACACAGAACCUUAAUAUGUAUGUAUGAUAUUCAGGAACAGAAUGUAUUCAAAUAUUUCAACAAUAAUGGAUGUCCAUAAAGAUAAGAUUACAGUGUACAGUUCAGACAAGCUGAUGUUAUGAGUAAUCAUGUUAUGUUUUUAAAUCUGUGAUAAAUAUUAAAGGUCAAUGUAAUAUCUGU